ACUAUCCAACUAUCAGGACUACUGUGUAGUGUGCGCUCUCUCAGAUUGGAAUUAAAUGAAAGUUUCAUAACUCAAUUUUCGUGAUAUUUAUGGCAGAUUCUCCAUAGAUGCUUUGAAGUUGACGGCAAAAGGAUGGGGACUUCUCCUUCAGAAUCUAAGAAGGGCCAAACUCGGUGCAAGUUUGGCCGCAUUUUCUUGCUAACUUUCUUAAGCGCAGCAGUUCUUGGUUCAAUGGGUUGGUUGGUUUACUUGAAUACGUACAGAUUUAUCAAACUCGAAGAAAGAUUAAAUCGAUUAGAGAAACAAUGCAAAACAAGUGAAUUUCACUUUGAGGAAUAUCUUCAACAAAACUUUGAGAGGCUUUUAUCUGAGCAUCUUCCAAAGAAAGACAUUCGGGCUGAGGUUAUUCCUCACAAACGAGUGGCCAGACAAGUAUGUGACUGUCCAGCAGGUCCUCCUGGGACACCUGGAUCGCCAGGUCUCGAGGGCAAAAAGGGCAAGAAGGGAGAUUCGGGACCAAUGGGAGCCAUAGGAUUACCAGGAUGGCCGGGGCCAAAGGGUGUGAAAGGAACAGCAGGAAAUAAGGGUGAACCGGGUGAUAUGGCAAAUUUUCUAACAGAGCUACGGGGACCUCCCGGACUACCAGGACCAAAGGGUUCGAGAGGAUUCCCAGGAUUCCCGGGUCCCAUUGGUGUAGCUGGCGCACGAGGGCUGCCGGGAGAGGCUGGAGGAACUGGAGGCAAAGGUGACAAGGGUCUUCAAGGUAUAAAGGGAUUGAAAGGUGAUGCAGGACUACCAGGCUUUGACGGGAUUCCAGGACAAAAGGGUGACCGUGGUCCACCUGGGCUCCCUGGUUUGACUGCAUCCAUGGAACGGGAAGCUGAGAUACAAAUACUGGCAUUGAAGGGGGAACCAGGUGAGAAGGGUCCGGAAGGUCCACGUGGACUGCCUGGCCCAUCAGGAUUGCCAGGAUUUGAUGGAUUACCUGGUGAAUCCGGAGAGUUGGGUGAAAAAGGUGAUCGUGGAUCGGGGGGUCCAUCAGGAAAGGAUGGAUUACCAGGCAUGCCAGGAGAACCAGGACCCAGAGGACCCACAGGAUUACCAGGACGACCAGGUAUAGGGGGUAGAGCAGGUGCCAUUGGUCCGAAGGGCCGAGAUGGGCGUAUGGGAGAACGUGGUUACCCUGGGUUGCCCGGUCAGAAAGGUGAACCUGGCCUUGGUGGAUUACCUGGUUUACCAGGCUUUAAGGGAGGAGCGGGUAGUAAAGGGGACAAGGGUGAACCAGGCGAUACAACUCUUGGUGGCAGCACUGUAUCAACACUGAAAGGCUUCAUUGAAGGACCCCAAGGACCCCCAGGACCACCCGGACGAAAGGGUGACAUAGGUGAUCCGGGGGUUGAAGGAAAGAGAGGCAGACGAGGCAAAAGAGGCAGAAAGGGAGAUAAUGGAAACACAGGAUUGCCAGGUCUUCCUGGUCCUAUCGGAGACCGGGGUUCUGCUGGCCAGAAAGGUGGCAUGGGACUGCCAGGUCCACAGGGUUCAGAUGGUCCAAGAGGUCUACCGGGCAUUGAUGGUUUAAAUGGUCAACCAGGAGCUAUUGGUCCACCUGGUGAACCUGGCAUCAUUGAGGGAACUGGUGGAGAUGGCAUCACUAUCAUGGGACCUCCAGGUCCAGCCGGUAAACCGGGCUCCAGAGGAUUACAAGGACCUUCAGGUCUAAAGGGGGAACCAGGUUUACAUGGCCUAGAUGGCGUGCCGGGUGAAAAGGGUGUCGACGGAACCUCGGGAUCUAUUGGCUUGCCAGGGGCGCCGGGGGUUACUGGAGCACCUGGACUACCCGGACAAGAUGGAAAGAAUGGUCUAAAAGGCGAUCCUGGAAUAAGGGGUCCUCCCGGUCCCCCUGGCCCACCAGGUUUCGAAGGAAAAUUAGGACCAACGGGUAAAGAUGGUCUCAUUGGACCUGAGGGGCCCAGAGGCAGAAGAGGUAAAAAAGGACCAAAAGGAGAUAAGGGAGAUCAGGGCAUUCCUGGUUUAGAUGCACCAUGUCCGUUAGGUGCUGAUGGCCUUCCCUUACAGGGCUGCGGGUGGAGGGCGCCACCGGGUUUUAUACGGGAGGGUAAGAUUGAUCAACCUUGCCCGCUCGGUGAGGAUGGUUACCCGAUUAAAGGAUGUCCAUUUGUCACUUUACUUAAGGGUUUUGAGGGCGCUACCGUCAUGCCUCAUUGGACGACAGGCAGGGCAAGUCAACGACCCACUAGAUCAACUAAAAAAACUACCGCUGGUAAAAGGAUACCCCCAAAAGAAGAGUCCUAAUCCAUGGUGAAGAAGUGGUAGUGUCAUAUGUAAAUAGUCAGGGAUUAUCAACCAUUGUACAGAUAGACAGGAGGAAGAACGAAAGUGAACCUGGACGAUAGAAGGCGGUCGUGCAACGAAUUCUCGGGAAUGCAGCAUUUCCAAAAUACCUCUUUUGAAUUACUGAAAAAGUGACGGUAAUUCCCGAUGAGGUUUCAAGUGAUAUAAAGCUUAAACUGUUUUCUUGCAAACAUUGAGUACAUUUUCGUAUGUGGACGUGCCACAUUUAAAGGGAAGUCGGUGUUUGUGGGCGGUCAAACGGCUGCAAUGCGUAUAAUAAAUUCCAUGUUACUAUCUCCUGUCAGCUCAUCAAAAGCCAGCAUCUCAACAUUUCUGGCAACAUUUCGACAACUCGGGCUUAUAGAAUGUUGUUGAUCGUAGAAUGGUAAAAUGUACGUAUGGGGCGAGCAUAUUAGAAGAAAUGAAAGUGUGUUGAAUAAACUGGGAAAUUUCGUUUUCAUUUUUCAUUUGAAUGUGUGUGUGUGGGGGGGGGGGUGGGGGCAUAUCAGUGAGUACCUUAUGUGUGUCUAUACUCCACAGUUCAUGUCACUUAGCUUUCGUAGGAAUGUGUAUUCCAUGUAGGGCUAGGCUAACACAUAUUUGGGAUUUAAGAUGCAUUUAAUACAUAUGGGAAGGAUCUGUGGGUAUUUCAUCUUCGAUGUAGAAUUCCUGAGCAUUAGAAGGAACGCAUACCUUGUCCAAUCGUGCUUUUGGGCGUUGCAAUCUUGACUCGUGGAUGUAAAAUCGCAGUGAAAGACAUACAGUUGCGUCCCUUGAAAUAAAUUUGGUGUGGUGCCUUGUUAAGAUGAGGGAAUAUGAGAGAACAUCCUGCAUUUCAUUGUGCUUUUGUACAACAUCUUAACUGGGCUUUGAGACGAAGCAGGACAGCUUUAUUGCUAGGAAUUGGGUUAGUGUACCGGCAAGUAACCAAUGUUACAAUAUAUUUGCCUGGUAGUGUUAUCCAGAGUAUAGCAGGCAAUGCUUUAUCUGUCUUUAUGUGCAAAACUUGGGGCGUAGCUUUUGUUAUAGCUAUUGCACCGUCUGCCAAUAUUAGCAUUACCGUAAAAAUGGGAUGAUUUUUUUUCACCUGCUAUAUACAAUUAAACGGAAAUGGUCAUGCACUAUGUAAAAAAUAGAGAAUGUUAUCAUAGGAUCAGUAACAUACAUCAUUAGACUCAGAGUUUCAUUUAUUCUUUUGCACAAAAAACAUUAAAAUGCACAAAAAUAUGAUUGGGUUGUAAAUAUUUUGUUGAUGAAAGGCCCUUGUCGGGAUUUUUCAAACAUCUAUUCAUGUUUUCAUUUAUAUUGUACAUCUUGGCCCAACACAUCCAAUUUCAGGCCAUUCUAGUUGUUGGCAAAGUCUGUGAGUGAUGUGUGGACUUGCUGACAAGAAUCAUUUCAAGAUUAAAACCUCCCUCCAUCUCAUACUGAUGACAAUUUCUUUCUUCUUGGAGGAAGCACGAAAAAUAUGUAUAUGUAUCAGUUAGAUGCUCAAUGCUUCAUUGGAAUCUUUAUGAAGUCAGAUGCGUAAUUCAAGCAAAUCUUACAUUUGUUUUCAUGCCUCCGACUUGUACAUUGUAGUUAGGUUUGAAAAAAAACAAAACUUUAUGAAUCAGAAGCAAAGUAUGAUCAGAAUACUUUAAACUGGACGCGCUGAUUGCGGAAGGAAUGGACCAAUCGAGCUAUAGCUUGUGCAGUUCGUGCCGAGUUACUAACGCUCCAAAAAUCUACUGACUUUAUAAAGGUGAAUGGAGUAUGACAUUAGUGCUUCACCAUGAUUAGAAAAGUCCUUGAAAUCACAGGGAAGUCGCGCGGAUGAAAUGAUAUUCAAUAGAAUUUCGUGGAAAGAAUGAACAAAUUUGACCGUAAUUUAGAUGUAGAUAAUUUUUAUUAGAAAUAUUACAAUGUAUGUACAUGUAUAUCAUAUAAUAAAUAUACGUUGGAGGGUUAAAACGAUUAUCGACCUCAACUUCAUUGUCAUUUGCCAAUGUACUGUUAACUCAUUAUGGUCACUUCAUUUCAUUUGUCGGCUUGUAUAUCGAAAGGCGGUAUUUUAAUCGUCUUCCUUUCCUCAAAGAUCAAGGGACUUUAGAAACAUCCUGAAAAAUGAUGUCUUUACAUGAUCCAUUCAUGAUUUUUAGUGAUCACAUCACACUUAUCUAGUGUGAAAGUAUGUUUGGAGUGUCAUACUCCAAUGUAAAGGGACGUCCAAGUACACUGUAAAAGAAUUUCCCAUAUGGACUUGUGGUUGAUGUGUUUGGUAGGCUGUAGCGGACCUCGCUACUCCUCUAAACGCACCGCCUAUUUACAAGCAGCCAUAGUAACAAAUGAAUUGGAUUUCGGCCGUAAAAUACUCCUCACAGUGAUAUAUAUAUGCGUAGGCUAUAUGCAACUGUAUGCGGAGAUUUUGGUGUGGUUGAGAAGUAACGAUGACUGUACAUGUAAUUGGUUUAGAUGUCCGUCUUUAAAAAUCAGCAGCGAAAUCUGUAUACCUGUCGUAAAAGACUCGCGCAAAAAAAACAUCCACCGUAAUAUUGAACUUGCAUACCGUCCUCGGCUCUUGGUUGGCUGAGACUGAGGCGGAUUUUUACGGCGAGCUUUUACGGCAGGUGAAUCAUUUUACUAUUACUUUGAAAUGUACAUCAAAAGGAAGUCGUUUGCAUGAAAUUGAGUUUGCAGUAUAACUUGGCACGGAAGGUAUUGCAUGAUACAUGUAUGAGUACGGUAAAUAAAUGAAGAAAAAUCUUGCCGUUGAUGGCCAUUUUGAAUUUUACAUCAUUCUUUGGAACUUUUUGGCGUCUUGUAAUAGUAUUUUAGCAGGUCUCGACUUUCAGGAUACACUGAGAAUACAUGUACUGUAGUAGGUAAAAAAUUGUAUGUGCACCCCAACGUAUAGAUUAAAAAAUGUGAUUUUGCACAGAAACGAUUAUCUAGAGUUGUUUCCGUCAGCGUUUUUUAUAAGGAGUUGUACAUUGUGUGUAACAUAUUGCGAGCACGACAUGAUCGCACUUGAUUUAACUCUCAAUAUCGAAGUGGAUAAAUUACUUGAAACAUUUGUUUCCAUGCACAAAUAAUAUCAACUAAUGUCGAACAUGGCUAUAAUGUGAAGUAACGGGGACUUAAAGACAUUUCGCAUUUGUUUGAAUCGUCUAAGCACAUUGUUUGAAAGCUGAUGAAGGAACCAACUUUUUUUCAACCAUAAACUGUACAUGUUAUCACAUCAACAAUAAAGGUAUACAUUUUGUUUAGAAA